UUUGUCCGGCGCGAGGGGGAGAAGCAGAACCGGCCAUGUCGGGCACCCGGGCGGCGACCGCCUCCAACGACCGCGCCCCUCACUCGGCCGCGGGGCUGAAGCGGCUGCGGAGCGACCCCGGCGGCAACCGGGUGACGGUGGUGCUGGGCGCGCAGUGGGGGGACGAAGGCAAAGGCAAGGUGGUGGACCUGCUGGCCACCGAGGCCGACCUCGUCUGCAGGUGCCAGGGUGGAAAUAAUGCAGGCCAUACGGUGGUGGUUGACGGAAAAGAAUAUGAUUUUCACCUUUUUCCUAGUGGCAUAAUCAAUCCAAAAGCAAUUUCUUUCAUUGGUAAUGGGGUCGUUAUACAUUUACCAGGCUUGUUCGAAGAAGCUGAAAAAAAUGAAAAGAAAGGUUUAAGAGACUGGGAGAAAAGGCUGAUCAUAUCGGACCGAGCCCAUAUUGUGUUUGAUUUUCAUCAGGCAGUUGAUGGACUUCAAGAAGUUCAGCGGCAAGCCCAAGAGGGGAAAAAUAUCGGCACAACAAAGAAGGGAAUUGGACCAACGUAUUCUUCCAAAGCUGCACGGACAGGUCUUCGGGUCUGCGACCUUCUCUCAGACUUUGAUGAAUUUUCUUCGAGAUUCAAAAAUCUGGCUCACCAGUACAAGUCAAUGUUUCCUUCUUUAGAAGUUGACAUGGAGGGGCAGCUGCGGAAACUAAAGGGGUAUGCUGAAAAAAUAAGGCCCAUGGUGCGAGACGGGGUUUAUUUUAUGUACGAAGCGCUGCAUGGUUCCCCAAAGAAAAUUCUUGUGGAAGGGGCCAACGCAGCUCUGCUGGACAUUGAUUUCGGCACAUACCCUUUCGUGACCUCUUCCAACUGCACUGUGGGUGGCGUUUGUACUGGACUCGGCAUCCCUCCUCUAUGUAUCGGAGAGGUGUAUGGCGUAGUAAAGGCUUACACCACAAGAGUGGGAAUCGGAGCCUUUCCCUCUGAACAGAUAAAUGAAAUUGGAGAUCUCCUACAGUCUCGAGGCCACGAAUGGGGAGUGACCACGGGCAGGAAGAGGCGCUGUGGCUGGCUAGAUCUCGUCAUUUUGAGAUACGCUCAUAUGAUCAAUGGAUUUACUGCCCUGGCGUUAACAAAGCUGGAUAUUCUGGAUGUCCUCGACGAGAUCAAAAUUGGUGUUGCUUACAAGCUGGGAGGGAAAAGGAUUCCGUAUUUUCCAGCUAACCAAGAAAUACUGCAGAAAGUGGAAGUGGAGUAUGAAACUAUGCCAGGGUGGAAAAUGGACACAACUAACGCCAGAAAAUGGGAAGAUCUUCCACCCAAGGCACAAAAUUACAUUCGGUUUGUGGAAAACCACGUUGGAGUGGCAGUGAAGUGGGUCGGAGUUGGAAAAUCAAGGGAAUCGAUGAUCCAGCUCUUCUAAAUGAACAAAGACGUUUGAUGAGAAGCAGUUUUCAGCAUUUGUCUGCUCCUUCUGACUUCCGAGCAGAGACGAAGAGGCUGUUAAAACCGAAGCGUUAUUUUUAGAUUUUAAUUAGACAUCUCUUGUAUCUUCAAGUAUGUGCAUUUGUACUUUAAAAAAAAUCAGGAAUGCAAAAUAGGAACAGGACUGAUCUUGGGGUUGGGGUAAGAAUUUGGAGCCAUUUUUGAAACGAGGGACAAAACCCCAUUUGAAAUUAUUGCUCCAAGUAAUUGCAAACACUUGAGAUUUAUGUCAGAUUGUAGAUGGUGGUAAAGGGGGAGGGUUGUUAUUCCUAUGUCAGGAAGCAAUUACAAAGACAGAAUAAGAUGUAUGCUGCAUUUAACAUCAGGCUGGUUACGUGGUUCCUCUUAAAAAGUUAACCACGAUGGUGUAGUCCCUUCAAAGUCUACCAGUUAAAACUAAACAAAAACCCAUCAGCUUGGAAACUGUAUCCUUUGUAGUAAUCAACUGUUGAGAUAUAUAUGGGGGAGAAGAACAUGGUCCAUAGAAAGAAGAAAGACAGUCGCUGACGUUGUUCCCGGCAGUGGAUCAAGCUGGAGACACACAACUGACUUUGUGAUGAGCUUUUCCCCAAAAAAUGUCCAUUCCGGGUCCUUUAGAGGUCAUGCACUCUUGCUGUUGCAUAACAGGUGGGUGAUCAAAGGAAAAUUGGCCAGAAUGGAAGAUUCUUUUUUUAAAAAAACACCUCAAACAUGCUUAUUUGGUGCUCAGUAUGCAGAUUGUGAGUAAGCAGCAGAAGUUACUACUGCUGUGCUGUGAGUUGCUAUGCAAAACGUUAAGCGUAGUGUUAGGGUUGCUCAAUCAACAUGGUUAAAGGCAGAGCUGCAGUGACUUCCCGCCCCCCAGUGUGAUGCUCCGUGGAUAUUAUGUUGUGAGGAGAGCUGUGAUAUCUGGAGCAUAGGGCAACCCUUUAAAAUCGAAGGGACAAUCUGACAUGUCAAAGUUAGGCCAGAGGAGAGACUGAGCUAAAGCGUUCGGCGAAAGCGAGUGUGUAUGAUUUUGGUAUCAACACUUGGGUGGAAAUAGCAGCCCAAGAACUCAAGUAAGCCUGAUCUUGUCAGCACUUGGAAGCUAAACAGGGUUGGUCAUGGAUAGUACUACUGUAGGAUGGGAGGUGUACAAGGAAGUCCGAGGCUGCCGUACAGAAGAAGGCAAAAGCAAACCAGCUCAGCUUGUCUUGCCUUUAAAACCUCCCGGCCCUGGAGUUGGCAUGAGUUGGCAGCAACUUGACAAUGCACAAUUAUUUGUGUGGAAAGGACUCGGUUUGUACCAUCCCGGACCCUGUCAAAGCUGACUCUUGUUGUUGCAGCCACAUAUAACUAUGGAACAUAGCAUUUGUUGCAAAACUUUGAGGUGCAAAACUUGAAGCUUGACCAAUACUGACCCGGAUGCACUUAAAGGGCACUUAAUUGUUAGGCGACUCUUUUUGGUGCUGCCUAUUAGCAGCAGGAUGGCAGGUUCUGGCGGAAUAUGCCGGACCCUGCAAAACCCUGCGGUCCCCUUCUAAGAUUUAAACCCUUUUUCAAAUUUAAGGGAGCUGUUGUAUAGUUCUCUCAGUGAUACAAGAUCUUAAUAUGAAGUAUAUUUUUGAAGUAAUGACUUUUACCGUUGUGCCUGUUUUUCCUGUUCCACAUUUUAGAAUCGUUUUGUUUUGGGAUGUGGUUGUGAUAGUUUAGCUUCGCACAAGUUUUAAUUGUUGGAUGGGGAUUUUGGGGAAAAAAUAAGAGAAUUAAAAAUG